AGAGAGAGAGAAAGAGAAAGAGAGAGAGAGAGAGAGGUCAGAGCAAACAGGAGGGGAGCUGUUUUCUCGUGUGUAUUUAUGUGCGAGAGUGUACGGAAGAGAGAGGAGGGUUAUUCUGAAUGCGCGCGAGCGAGAGAGAGAGGGAGGAAAGGAGGAGAGACUGUGUUGAAUGUGUCACAGGGAGAGAAAUCAAAUUGCUCCGUGAAAUCUGUUUGACUCCAACACACUGUUCUCUGUGUUCAAGGCUGAGGGAGGGAGGAGAAGAGGAAGAAAGCGAGCGAGAGUGACAGACAGAAGGCUACAGAGAAUGAGGCGAGGACAAUCACAUUUAUCCACUUGCUCAGGAAACAGAUAAAGAAAACGACUGAUCCUCUGCCCUGCUUGGUUCUACCGCCGAAUCCACAAAAGCACAGGAAAUCGAGAUCAACUGCCGUGCUGAGGAAACCUAAAACUGUCGCUAAGCUGACAGAAACAGAAACGCUCCCCAUCAUUUCUCUUUUCCGUUUUUUUUGCAUAUGUCAGUGUCUGCUGAUAGGCAGAGCGAUCAAAACGUCCAACUGUUUUUCCUCACUAUAUAAAGGCUGCAGGUGGUUUUGAAGAGUUCUACCAUUAAGAGGACCGUUAAUACACAUUGAUAUUCCUGAGAUUCCCAAUACAGCACAGGAUUUUCCUGCUUCUCCUGCAAGACCAUGACAUCACAUGGCAAACUGAGGAAGGAAAAGGGGUGUCUGGCAGAAUAUGAGACGCAGAUCAAAGAGGUGCGUAGUCAGCUUUCAGAGCAGCUGAAGGUGUUGGAUGCACAGUUGGAGCAGAAGACCCAGCAGCUCCAGGAUCUUAGUGAUUAUUUACGCCGUCGGGGGGAGAUCGAGGCUGAGUAUGCACGCUCUCUGGAAAAACUCAGUGAGAGGUUCACCCUCAAGACCAAAAAGAAAGAGCAUACGGACCAGUCUGUGUCUCAGUGCUGGUCAGUGCUGCUAACGCAGACCAAGCAGGAGAGCCGGGACCACAGCUCGCUCAGUGAGAUCUGCACCACCACCUUCACGCAGCGCCUGUCUCACUGCAUCGAAGACACAAGCCGCCUGGCCAAGAAGAGUAAAGAGGUGGGGCUGCAGAUGCAGGAUGAACUCCUCAAGGUCACCACCGAGCUGCAGACGGCUCUAAAAACUUAUCACCAGUAUCACUCGGAAUGUCUUUCUGCUGAGGGCAAACUCAAGGAAGCUGCCAGACUGGAGGAGAAACAGACCGGCAAGAGUUCUGAGCUCAGUGUCGGCCAAUCAGGAGGGCAGAGACGCAGCUCAGUAAAGAAGAUGGAAAGGCUAAUGGAAAAGAGGCAAGGGAAAGUACAAGAGACCCAGCUGAAGUGCACUAAAGCUCGCAAUGACUACCUGCUCAACCUCGCAGCAGCCAAUGCUGCCAUGAAAAAGUACUAUCUCGAAGACAUAUGCACUCUGAUUGACUGCACAGAUCUUGGCUACCAUGUGUCUGUGACACGGGUGAUGCGUGGCUACCUGUCCAACAGGAACCGGGCGCAGCAGAACCUCAAGAAUGGACUUCAGCAGCUUGAAAGCGCAGUGAGUGCUUUGGACCAGGGCCAUGACCGAGAUGCCCUGCUGCAGGCCCAUAACUCUGCCUUCUGCCUGCCAUUCCACUUUCAGCACCAGCCACACGAGGGAGACCAGGUUUGUGAGGUGAGUGCUGACUGUCAGGUGAGGUAUGAGAUGGAAACCAGAUACCAGCAGUUGCAGUCCAGGCUGUCUACCGUUACCCUGGAAACAGAGGAGGUCAGUAAAACUCUCAAGGCCACCUAUGCUGCUCUCCUGGAGAGUAUCUGUGAUGAUGACUGUAACCCCACCCCUGAUGUCUCAGCCAGCCUAUCACAAGAGAGCACAGGCGAUGGUCCUAAUACCAAGCUGAGCCUAACCAAGCGCAGAGCCAAUCAGCAGGACACCGAGACCUUUUAUUUUAACAAAGUGAAGGAGUAUCUCAACGGGAGCUCAGUGAUUUGCAAACUCCAGGCCAAACAUGACCUGUUAAAGGACGCCAUACAGAAAGCUGAAGCAGUUGACAGUGAUCCCUCCAGAAUGCAGUCUGGUAGGUCAGUGCGUGUGCGGAAAGCCAGGCCUUGCUCCCAGUACAACCACAAACUCUUCUCUGGAAACAUGCUGUCCUUCAUCCAGAGCUCCGGGCAGCAGAUUCCCUUAGUGGUGGAAAGCUGUAUUCGCUUCAUCAACCUCCACGGUCUGCAUCACGAGGGCAUAUUCAGAGUCCCGGGUUCUCAGAGCGAAGUCAAUAAUAUCAGAGAUGCGUUUGAAAGAGGGGAAGACCCUUUGACGGACAGCGAGUGUGACAUUGACUCAGUUGCAGGAGUUCUGAAACUGUAUUUCAGAGACCUGGAGAAACCUCUCUUCCCAGAGGAGAGCUUCAGUCAGCUGAUGGAGUGUAUCCAAAUUGAGAACAUAGCAGAGAGCGCAGCACAGAUAAAGCUUGUGGUCUCAUCCUUCCCCAGACCCCUCAUCAUCGUCAUGCGCUAUCUGUUUGCCUUCCUCCAUCAUGUGUCUCAGUACAGUGAUGAGAACAUGAUGCAGCCCUAUAACCUGGCUGUGUGCUUUGGACCCAGUCUGCUGAGAGGCGGGGCCGAGUCGGGCGAUGCAGUAACUCUGCAGCCCCAGAUUAAUGCCCUGGUUAAGACCAUGAUCCUCCAGCAUGAGAGCAUCUUCCCUGGUCCUGCUGAGUUUCCAGGCCCUGUCUAUGAGAAAUGCAUGACCCUGGAGCAAGAAUACUGUGAACCUAUUGCAGAGGAGGGUGAAGGAGAGACCGAACAUGCUCCAAGUGAAGAUGAGUGGGAGGCUGUGGCUAUGUUUGAUUAUGUCGCACGGUCUCCAGCCGAGCUGUCCUUCAAGCAGGGGGACCACGUCCUACUCCACAGCAAGGCCUCUGCUGACUGGUGGAAAGGAGAAGUCGGAGGAGUCAAAGGCCUCAUUCCUCAUAAGUACAUCAGUGUGCCUGAGGGGGCGGAGCGAAAGCAGGAGCGAGGGAAGAGGGAGGAGAGCCGAGGCGGGAGCACAGGAAAUCUAGCUGAUGAGCAGCAGCAGGCUGAACACAGCACUCGCAUGCGCGUGAACAGCGAUAGCGCAUCACUUCCUGGAAGGCAGCGGGCCGGCAGCGGAGGUGGUGUUGUGGUAGGAGAAGGAGGGGGUAGUGGAAACAUCAGUCCAAUACGCAAAUUCCCCCUUCAGGUACCAGAGGGCCGGCUCUUCUACCCAGCUCAAUCACCGGGAGUGGCCCGGCAAAUUACAGGUCUACAGGAAAGGAGACAUACUUUGGACAGCGUCAGGCCCAUUGGAGGAACAGCAGAGAGACAGACAGUGCAGUCAGUUGAUAAGGAAGUCACCCGGCAGAUGAACUCGGUAUUCAAAGAGCUCCUUUCCCGGCAGCCUCCUCAAGACAGCAAUGUUUCACCAGCUAUGCCCUCUUCCUCCACUUCCUCCUCAUCCUCCUCCUCCUCAGCAUCCAGUGCACCUUCUCGGCAGUCCAUAAAGAAGGCAGCAGGAUUCAGCCUGCGCAGCCGAGGCCUCUUCAGACCCUCCGACCAGCAGGACUGAUGGAGGAGGGAUAAAAGAAAGAGCAGAAAAUGCAUGAAUGGAAGGCAAGGGAAAGAUCUACCACACAGCAGAGAUUAAUAUAUUUUUUCUAAAAGUAUAAUAUGAUGUUUGUGAGACCUCAAUUCUGAAAAAAAAAAAUUGUUUAUGAAAAGUGACUUUGGUUCAUGUAGUGCCAGUGACUCAGCCAGUCAUUCAUAAUGGUAUUGAAACUACUCACUGGUCAUGCUACUGGUUUUGUUUGUGCUUAACAUAAAUGUAAUGGUACGGUAAUGUAGAACCUUUUUCUAUCAUUUGUUUUUGCCCCUGUUCCAAUGAUCAUUUAUUAUAGUGAUGUGCAGUGGAGUACCUCAAUUCUUUUCUUGCAUUCGUGUACUGUUUUUAACAUGCCCUUGGAACAGCACUUCACACGUGGUACCCAGUCUUUUCAAACAGAAAAGAGCACUUGCUUGCUAUGUGGCUAUGUAGCAACCAAUCUGAACUAAUCUUUUUUGUGUCUUCUGGUCAAUUUCUGGUAUACACUGAUCAGGCAUAACAUUAUGACCACUGACCGGUGAAGUGAAUGAGACUGAUGAUCUCCUCAUCAUGGCACCUGUUACUGGGUGGGAUAUAUUAAGCAGCAAGUCAACAUUUUGUCCUCAAAGUUGAUGUUAGAAGCAGGAAAAAUGGACAAGUGUAAGGAUUUGAGUGAUUUUGACCAAAAGGGCCAAAUUGUGAUGUCUAGACCACUGGAUCAGAGCAUCUCCAAAACUGCAGCUCUUGUGGGGUGUUGCCGGUCUGUGGUGGUCAGUAUCUAUCAAAAGUGUCCUUUAAGUCCUGUAUAAAGGCCUCACCUCGCAACUUACAGGACUUAAAGGAUCUGCUGCUAGCAAUUUGGUGCCAGAUACCACAGCACGCCUUCAGGGAUCUAGAGGAGUCCAUGAAUCGAUAGGUCAGGGCCGUUUUGGCAGCAAAAGGGGGAACCACCACAGUGGUCAUAAUGUUAUGGCUGAUCAGUGUAUUAUAUAGUAGUGUUUAACUAAAUCUCUCCAAGACAUCAUCUUGCUUUCACCUUAAAUGUGCUGUUGAUCCCUUUAAGGGGGAAUAAUGUGAGCGUUAAUGAGGCCAUGUUAAAAGCAGUUCUGGAAGGCAGUAUUUUAUGGUAGUGUACUGGUUUCUCUCUACAAACUGGAAAAUCCACUGCUUUAUUGCAUUAAUGUGACAAGUUUGUCACCUAUUGCUCAGAGAAGGAACACCGCUAUAAAUAUAAAUUUCCAUUCUGGCUGCAACUGGAAUAGACUAAACUAUUUUUUUGAAAAUUAAUAUUUUUAUAGUAAUUGUUUUUUUUUAAUGAUUAUUUUAUUUUCCAAGUUAAACAAUUCAUUGUUUUACUUUUCAUUUUGUUAGACGUUUAUAUUUGUUUGACCUGACCUUAUUGAAUUUUUUAUUUAUUUUUUAUUUUUUAAGAAAUAUUUCUAAAGACGUGGAGUUGCAUUAAAAUCUAGACAAAUCCCUUUCCUUUAAAAACAAACAAAAAAAGAGAGAGAGAGAACAAAUGUAUUAAAACAUUGAAAAUGA